CAUGUUCACUGGAGCUUCAUCAAUUCUGGUGUCAACCUUAUGCAAGAAAAACAUAAAUCUAAAAGAUCAUUAGUAAACAAGAAACCUAAUCUAAACUCUCUCCACCAAAGUGCUAUUGAUCAGGCCUUACAGAGUCCAAAUGGACACCUGGACUUGUUCCUGCGCUUCCUCCUUGGACUUUCACUGCAGACCAAUCAGAGACUACUACAAGGUCUCUUGACACAGACCGGAAGUCAUUUACAGACCAAUCAGGAAACAGUUCAGUACAUCAAGGAGAAGAUCAAUGAGAAUCUGCCUGAAGAAAAAAUUAUCAAUCUGUUCCACUGCUUGAAUGAACUGAAAGAUGGUUCUCUAGUGAAGGAGAUCGAACAGUAUCUGAGUUCAGAAAGUCGCUCAGUAGAACUGUCUCCUGCUCACUGGUCGGCUCUGGGUUUCGUGUUAUUGUCAUCAGGAAAAGAUCUGGAUGUGUUUGACAUGAAGAAAUAUUCAUCUGCAGAGGAGGUUCUUCUGAAGAUGCUGCCAUUGGUUAAAGCCUCCAACAAAGCUCUACUGAAUUCCUGUAACCUCUUACCGAGAAGCUGUGAAGCUCUUUCCCCAAUUCUCAGCUGCCUGUCCUCUAGUCUCAGGGAGCUGGACCUGAGUAACAACAACUUGGAGAACUCAGGAGUGGAACUUCUCUGUGUUGGGUUGAGGAGUCAGAACUGCAAACUAGAGCUUCUCAGCUUAUCAGGCUGUAUUAUAUCAGAGGAAGGCUGCGCUUCUCUGGCCUCAGCACUAAACUCCAACCCCUCCCAUCUGAAAGAGUUGGACCUGAGCUACAAUCAUCCAGGAGAUUCAGGAGUCAAGAUGCUGUCAGAUUUGCAGAAGGAACCACAGGCGAGACUGGAAGUUCUCAGUGUCGAGCCAACCGGAGAACGAUGGUUGACACCGGGUCUGAAGAAAUAUUCCUGUCAGAUCACAAUCGACACAAACACAGUGAACAGAAAGCUAAAACUCUCUGAAGGCAACAGGAAGGUGUCAUUUGUGGAGGAGCUUCAGCCUUAUCCUGAUCACCCAGACAGAUUUGAUGGCAGGCCUCAGCUGCUGAGUAAAACUGGUCUGACUGGUCGCUGUUUCUGGGAGGUCUGGUGGAAAGGAAGAGUGAAUAUAUCGCUGAGUUACAGAAGGAUCAAGAGGACAGGAGACAUUAAAGACUGUGGGUUUGGCUGUAAUGAUCAGUCCUGGAGUCUGAACUGCUCUGAAGAUUAUGGUUACACAGUCUGGCACAAGAACAUCAUAACCCGUAUUUCCUCCUCCUCCUCCAUCUCUGACAGAGUAGCUGUGUAUGUGGACUGUCCUGCUGGCAUUCUGUCCUUCCACAGAGUUUCCUCUGACUCACUGAUCCACCUCCACACCUUCAACACCACAUUCACUGAACCUCUGCAUGCAGGAUUUGGGUUUCUGUGGUCUGAUCCUGGUUCUUCAGUGUUUUUAUGCAGUUGACAUUGAGAGGUAAGGCUAUCUAAAGGGCUCCAUAGACAAUGGCAGUUUCUUUGUUUUAAAAAAAAUUCCACUGGUAUUUCUAAAUCUAAACUAUAUUUCAGUAAAUGUCAGGGAUAAAGGGGAUAUGAA